GAGAUGAAUCAAAACCCCGUCUGCUAGUCUGGAGCUGCGAUUACAUUCUGGGAAAUAUGCAGUGCUCCCAGCACACAGCUGUGCUCAGUGCAAGCCAUCUGACAUUUCCGGGAGCUGCAGGUCUCUCUCUAUUGGCUGGAGUCGGCGGAUCCCCCAGAAUAUCCCGCCUCUUGCGAAAAAGGCCAGACUUCAAAUGAUGUUUUAAAGACCGGCUGUGUUCCUCACUCCUGCGCUCUUCUAUUUCUUUUUCGUCCUUCCGCCAAGAACCUGCUAGAUUUCACCUCCUGUACAGCAAAAAGGCACAAAGGUGAAGUGUAAGGCAGGUGCAGUGUGCUGUCUCUCUCUGUCUCACUCUUCAUCUCUGUCUCAGUGAGUGCUACAUAUGGCUUCCUCACUCCUGACCCGCCAGCUGGCCUUCUCCCUUCAGAAAAACCUGCGUCUCGCCGCUCCAGGUUCCAGAUAUGUCAGCAAAACUGCCACAAAGACGGUUUCAGAGUUUGAAUAUGAUGCCCCAUCCAUGAAAACGGCUGUACCAGGACCAAAGUCUCAGGAGCUGCUUAGACAACUCGACGAGAUUCAGAAUGUUGGAGCGAUUCAUUUCUUCUGCAACUAUGAGGAGAGCAGGGGGAACUACCUGGUGGACGUGGACGGCAACCGAAUGCUGGAUGUGUACACACAAAUUUCCUCCAUCCCCAUCGGUUACAAUCAUCCAGCCUUAAUUAAAGUGAUGACCAAUCCAAAUAAUGUGAGUGCAUUUGUCAACCGUCCGGCGCUUGGUAUUCUGCCACCUGAGAACUUUCCAGACAAACUGAUUGAGAGCCUGCUGUCGAUUGCCCCCAGUGGAAUGACCCGAGUACAAACCAUGGCCUGUGGAUCCUGCUCCAAUGAGAAUGCUUUCAAGAGCAUGUUUAUCUGGUACAGAAAUAAGGAGAGAGGAUACGUCAGCCCCUCUGAGCAGGAAGUGGGCACAUGCAUGAUCAACCAGAGUCCUGGAUGCCCAGAUUUGAGCAUCUUGUCUUUCAUGGGAGCUUUCCAUGGGAGAACUAUGGGUUGCCUGGCCACAACACAUUCCAAAGCUAUUCACAAGCUGGAUAUACCGUCCUUCGACUGGCCCAUCGCACCCUUCCCUAAGCUGCAGUACCCUCUGGAGGAGUUUGUGAAGGAGAACGCCCAGGAAGAGGCCCGCUGCCUGGAGGAGGUUGAGGAUCUCAUCGUGAAGUGGAGGCAGAAGGACAAACCAGUGGCUGGCAUUGUGAUCGAGCCCAUCCAGGCAGAGGGAGGGGACAACCACGCUUCUCCUGAUUUCUUCAUCAAACUGCGAAAUAUUGCACGCAAGCAUGGCUGUGCCUUCCACGUGGAUGAGGUGCAGACAGGUGGAGGAACAACAGGCAAGUUCUGGGCCCAUGAGCAUUGGGGCCUGGACGACCCUGCUGAUGUUGUCUCCUUCAGCAAGAAGCUGCAGACAGGAGGAUACUACCACAGGGAUGAAAUACAACCAGACAAACCCUACAGAAUCUUCAACACGUGGAUGGGAGACCCCUCAAAGAAUCUGUUCUUAUCAGAGGUGCUUAAUGUGAUCCGAAGAGAGAACCUUCUGGAGGAGGUGAUGCGCUCAGGGAAGGCUCUUCUACAAGGCCUUUACGCACUGCAGACCCAGUACCCUCAUAUCCUGAGCAGAGCCCGUGGCCAGGGCACAUUCUGUGCCAUAGACACCUGCAAUGAUGCCACACGCGACCGUAUCAUGCUUAAGGCCAGGAACAAGGGUCUAUUUAUGGGUUCCUGUGGAGAAAAAGCCAUCCGUUUCCGUCCCUCUUUGGUCUUCAAGGAGUACCAUGUCCAUCAGCUCCUGAACAUCCUGAACGACGUCCUGGCUGAGCAUAAAUAGAGUUCUGGCUGCCAGGUCGCCCUUGAUUACGGAGCGUAUAGUGGUCCAAGCCCACUCAAGGGUUUAUACCAGCCUGUCACAAUUAAUUGGUCACUGUCUCUCUCUCUCUACAUUCGCUCUCUUCCUGUUAUUACUUAUUAAGAAAGAUAGAAGUCUCUUUUUAUUUAGCCGACACAGAUUCAGCCUUGCCACUAUAUUUCUAGACUUUUUUUGGGGUGGACAGAUUGAAGAUCUGAAGUAGUUUGCAGGAUUUAUCCUACUCAAAUUCAGAUUACAUAUUUAAGUAAUUCUCUCGUGAUGACAUUGCAACUUUUGUGCGUUUGUGAACUGCAAGGUCCAACAAGCCGCAAGUCAUAACUGAAUAAAGCACAGAGCCACAGACCACAGAGACAGUA